CCUUGCAGUCGGUUCAAAGCCAUUGAGGAAAAGAGGGUCUCACUCGGAUAUGGUGGAGUAGGAAACAUCGGGGAGGCUUGGAAACCACCUAGUUUGGAAUAACCCGAUGGAAAUUGGAGGACAGAGGCCUCGCGACGUCAGAUUCGAGGAGGUUUCCAUGGAGCGUUGAAAUUAUUAUUAUGUGGUGGCUUGCCUUAAUGAUGUUUACAUCUCCCGUUUUCCCAUUCAUCGUGUUUGUGUGCAUGGGCUUAACCGAUGAGGCUCAUUCUUACGAUGCGCUGCCGUUAAUAUGGAAAUCUCGCGAACUCGUCAAAGAGCAUCUGAACACCAGCGCUAACGGGUUUCCAGGGCACCGGCUCGGUAUUGUCGCGCCCACGAUCGCCGCCAGAAAACCGAUAAAUGUCGACGCGCACGCAGCCACCACCAUUCAACCACCAACAACGCAGUCCGACACCCAGUUUCUGUCUGAUUCCAUUUAUAUGGCUGCAUUUGAUGGGAGAAAGCUCAAGUCUGUUGACAUGAAAACAUCGCAGAUGUCUGAUAAUAAAGCAGACAGACCAGGCGUCGUGCCUGAUCUUAGCACAACCUCUGAAAAUUCUCAAGAGCUGGUGUGUAACUGCAGCGGUGAGGGCGUGUCGGACCCUGACGAGUGCGACCGUGAGACGGGUCAGUGUGACUGUAUGCCGGGUAACACCGGACUGCAGUGUGAGGAGUGUGAAGAGGAUCACUUCACCAACGGCACCAUCGGCUGCCUGCCCUGCGGUUGCGACUCCUUCGGGGCGUUCAGCUCACGCUGUGACAGCUCCGGUACGUGCGAGUGUAAAACAGGUGUGUCGGGGCCCAAGUGUGAUGACUGCCACCCAGGAUUCUUCCACUUCAGCAGCACAGGGUGCCAACCAUGCCAAUGCAAUAGCCACUCAACCUACUGCCACCCACAGUCAGGUGUGUGUUUGGACUGCCAGGGCAACACUCAGGGCCACAACUGUGAGGAAUGUCUCCCCAGUUUUUACCGUCGUCAUGGUGACGGUUUAGGGGAUGCCUGUACGCCCUGUCCCUGCUCUUCCGACAGCUCCUCCGGCAGCUGCCAUCUCGAUUCCAGCGGGGACCCUGUAUGUGACAAAUGUAAGCCUGGCUUCUCUGGCCUCACAUGUGAUGUGUGCACAGACGGCUUCUUUAAAUCAGCAGGCGCCUGCGUGCCCUGCGACUGCAACGGAAACGCAGACCCUCAAUCUAUCCCUCAGAUAUGUCACCCAGAGUCCGGACGCUGCCAUCGCUGCAUCAACAACACGACGGGAGAACACUGUGAGAUCUGUGCACGUGGUUACGUGGGGGACGCGCGCUCCCACAACUGCACCUUGAGAGCUGUGAGACUUCUUCCAACUAAAGAAGAAAUCCAGGCAGAAAUUUCCAAAUUUAGAAAUUCGGUUUCUUCUACCCCUCCUCUCCUCACGUCCUCCUUGACCACCACGACCCGCACCAGCCUGCCGACCCUUCAGUCUGGUGCAGGAGACUCUGCGGGACACAACAGCACGGCCUCCGCCUUGACCGUGGUGUCUUGGACGCAGUUUAACAUCAUCAUUCUGGCCGUCAUCAUCGUCGUCGUCGUUCUCCUCAUGGGCUUCGUCGGAGGCGUGUAUACGUACAGAGAGUAUCGCAAUCGGAAACUGAACGCCCCCUUUUGGACCAUCGAGCUGAAGGAAGAUAACAUCAGCUUCAGCAGCUAUCACGACAGCAUUCCACACGCCGAUCCCAACGGACUGUUAGAGGAGGAACCGUGUGUGGUCGCAGCUAAUGGCCAGUUAGCGUUAGCCACAGCUGCUAACAUGUACAAAGCGUGAAAAGUUGAUCGUUCUUAAACUUCUCUCAUUAUUUACUCACUCGUAAAUUGUUCAAAACCAGUAUGAUGAUUUGUGAAAUUGCUUUUAAAACAAUGAAAGCGAACGUUGACUAAUUUUGUUUCUAGGCAAAACGCUAGUUAUUGUUAACUCUUAUUCAUUUUCUUAAACACGGUCAACACUCUUGAAAAUGGUCCUGCUGAAAAUCAUGCAUGUUUGGAACAACAUGAGGUUAAAAAAAUUGAUGACAGAAAUUUCAUUUUGGGUGAACUGUCCCCAUAAAAAUGUGAAGAUUGCCAGAGCUAACUUCUUUAUUUUAGGAAUAUUUCACCCCAAAAUUCAUUUUCUCACCCUCGCACUGUUCAAAACCUCCAUGACUUUCUCUUGUAGACCAUGUAAAGAGAUGUUUAGCACAAUGCUAACAAGUCUCUUUUAUAGUAUACAAGUACAUGAUGACCAGAAGCUGUCAAUGUCAAAAAAUUCUCUAAAUUUCGCUUUUUAUGUCCCAGGUUGGAAUGAAAUGAGAGUGAAUUUUAUUUUUCAUUUUUGGGUACGUUUUUUAUUGACUAAACACUAUUUAGCCUCCCUGGUACCAUUGCUUCCUGUGUUUUUAUGUAAGACUUUUCCGAUACCAUUUUGGAGUCGACUCAAUAUAAUAACGGCUGGUUUUGAAUUUACGUAAUUCACGUUAUCCCUCAGACACAAAAGAAGCGAAUACAAUUUGUACUGCUCGUUCAGAAGCCUUUAAACUUUGUGUUUUUGAGUUAAAUGAUAAGAAGUGUAAUAUUUCUGCAUACAUGGAACAGGGCUUCACUUUCAUUAAAGAGGUAUGACAGCUCAUCAUGCCUAAUACUGCUAGACGGAGACAAUUACAUCAUUCAAGGAAUUUCAAAAUAUCUCCAAAAUGUAAGGAAGUUCAGUCAACAAGUCAGCUGUCAAGGACUCACAGACUUCCUCUCAGAGAAUUGUCAUUCAGAUGACAUUGAAAGAACUUCUGUGGGUCUAUCUGAGACUAUUUUCAUUCAUUUUUCAAAGACUUCUCCGGAAUGCAGUCUUGAUACAGUUUCCCUUUUCUCGCCACGACAAGAGGAAAUUCCUGUUUUGAGUCGGUACCAAACCGAAGACCCUAAUUCAAAGUCAUACCUGGUAAACUGGUAACACAAGCACCUGUUUCAGCCUUAUUGUAACAUGCGUGUGUGUGGGAGUGACGGUGUUGUGUAAAAACACGGUUUCAGUUUUGAUUGUGUAGAGCUGGAUUCUACGCAGGAAUGUACAAAAAGACUUUGUGUGCACGGACAGAUUCUGCCGCAUGGUUUCACGGAAACCAGAUGAAAUGUUUGACACGAUAUUGACUUGAAAGCCAUGUGGAAAGACACGGGAGCGUAUUCAGACUUUAGAAGAUGUUGUGGAGCGGAUGUGUCCCGGGAAUCUGUAAUCUACACAACAGAGGACCCCAUGUCGUUUUUGUCUCCAUUGUUUUGGCAUUACCCAUUGAAAUGUGAUUCCGGAUUCGGAUGAUUUGAACAACACUCUUUUGAAUUAUUGUGUUUUUUUUAUUAAGUUGCUUAUUUAUUUAUCUUUGUGUUUGUCUCAUGUGGUCUGAUUUUAUUGCUGUUUGUUCCUCAUGCUGCAUUGUACAGUGUAUCAUACCGAAUGCACACUCUGUAGACUGACUUUUCAGGACAUCCUCAAAGACUAUGCGUCGGACGACUUGUUUUUUCCUUAUUUUAUUUCUAAUUUAUUUAGUCGGGUUACGCAAUAAUAACACAAAAAAUGGGAUUUCAGUGGAAGAUGUUGUAUUUUCUCAUUUCUGGGUGAUCAAAUGACAAAAUUAAAGGAUUAAUGAAUCGGACAAUGUUUAAAUGAUACUGUAUAUGCCAUGUUUUAGACUGAAUGAGAGUGAAUGGAGUGAUUAAAAAGGGAAGUGUGUCAUCUCUUAUUUCUAUAUACGGUAUAGUUUGGGGAAAGGAAUUUCUUUUUGUUAAUCAAGAGGCAAAACUUUUUUUCCUUUUUCUUGUACUUCCAUUCAUGAUGCUGUGUCUCGAUAACCGCACACUUCACAUUUACAUAUGACAAUUUGCAAAUCGGAAGACCAUUCACUUGGGCUGAAUCUUUUUUGUCACGUGACACAUUAAAGUACACAAAUGUGACCUAUGGCUCUUUUAAAGGAAAUUAUAAAGUCCCACUGUAUUUGAUAAUUGAAUCCCAUAAAAUUCAUCUUUAAGCAUUAAAAUUGCA